UAUUUUAAGCUACGCAGUAUCUGAUUGGCGAUUACAUUGCUUGAAUUAAGUACGAGGAAAUCAAGAGAUGUAAUUAUAAUCUUAUAAUAGUAUGCAAGUAUCUAUUACAUGUAUGGAAUUAUUUUUUAUCUUGAGAUUUGCUCAAAAUUGAACCGAUACCAUCGCUGAUUAAUAAAAGACGUAGUUGUAAUUAAUGGGCGUAAAGAAUGGCAGUGAAAAAACAUGGUUUGGCAGGCAAUUCCUACAAGCAGAACAAUAUACCUGCACUUUCGCAAUAUUUCCUUGCCAAUGAUGAACAGUGUUCUAUUGAAGAAAUAGUUAAACAAUGUCUAGAUCUAAUUGAAUAUCUUAGUCAUAUACCUGGUACUGAGGAAGAGUUGUGGUCUCUCCUUCGCACAAUAGAACAGUUUUACAUCCGUAUGGUGAACAGAUGCAGCACUACUGAGAGAAAUGAAAUGGUUGCAGCUGUUUUGGACAAGUUUCAUUCAUACAUAUCUGAUCCAGGAACCAGUGUGAGUCCAGCUACAUCCAUUGUGUUGGUCAUCGUAGAUGAGAGUGAGGUUAAAACCCGAAUAGAGCAAUGGUUCGAUCAGCAACAAAUGAGUGGCAGUGUAACACCAAGCAUACGAUCAGCAUUAUCAUGUCUGUUGCAUUGGCGUUUGGAAUGGCACCGUACACCCACCUUGGAAAAUUGGCUUAUGUGGUACAUAAGGGUUUUAGAGGAAAAAUGUGCUUUUGAUAUUCUCAUUGAGAUAUCACUAGAAAAUAUUUCAAAACUAUUCCUAACUCUGAGAAAUCCUUUACCAAGGCGCCAAAUUCAAGAUGAUGUAAUUUUACAUGUGUUGGUGUCAUUACGUGAAUCCCCUGAGGCUUUUAAUAGGAUAUCGGGUCAUGUGGGUGAAGUUCUUGUCCACCUGGCGGAGGAUAGCGGACAGUGGAGCAGGCAAUUGUUACAGAACCUGGUCGAUAUACUCUACAAUAUGAUGAAUUGUGCCAUGAAAGCAUUCAAAGGGGAUACCGUGAUGACCUUCAAAGAAAAAUAUGCAGAAGUGAUUGACUGUCUAGAACGCCACAUGGCCUACGAUGAGUGCACGCUGCUACAAAGACCAGCAUGGAAGAAAGGGCAAUCUAAAAAGGCCGAAACGGGUUCACCGAUCCAAUCAACAAAGAGGAUGGUCAGGGCAAAACCUGUCCUGAAGAAAGUGGGUCUUAACAACAAGGGCAACACUUGUUACAUGAUCAGUAUUUUCCAAGCCCUACUCGUCGCCAGGCAGUUCAGUACACAUGUAAUGGUAAACAUGAGUGACUUGCCCUACUGGUCGGGAAUGGCGGUUCUCUUUGCCAAGAUGACUUUCUCGAUCGAAACUAAACUAGAUCCAGAUGAGUUCAUCGCUGUGGUCAAAUCGCCGAUGUUCUCGACGGAUCACCAACACGACAGCUCGGAGUUCUUACAAUAUUUAUUGGAAUUGCUUCAUACGUACGAAUCUCAUGGAGCAACAGCGCCUUCGCUGUCCUCAUCUACGCAUCGUGAAGAGCAGUCUGGAGAGACGAGUCGCGGACGGCGAUCGUUGUCACCGCGUCCCGGAAGCAGUAAAGCUGCGUGUUCUUUAAAACGUCCAAUGGAAAGCGAAUCGGGAUCGACCAGGAAACGUUCUCGUGCUAAGGAGCUGGAUCAGCCCCUUUAUAAAUCUAGUGUCGACUCAUUAUUCUCUGGCAUAUUGUUCACUCGGAUUGAGUGUGUCCAAUGCCGUUCCUCCUCAAUUUCCCGGGACAUGUUUCGCGACCUUCAACUGGCUUUCCCCGAGAAACAGCAAGGGUCCCAGUACAGUGUGCAGGGCCUCUUAGACUACUACUGCGCUAAGGAAAAACUUACUGGCGACAAUAAGUAUAAGUGCUCCUGCUGCGGAAGUCUUCAAGAUGCUGAGAGGAGCGUCGCUAUAGAAAUUACUCCAAAGUUUCUAGUAUUAGUUCUGAAAAGUUUUAAGUUUGAUGCGAAACUUCAAGUGCAAAAGAAGCUUUUGCAUUCUGUUCACCACAACCUGUCGGUAACAUUGCCAACAGUGCGAACUCAACAGAGCCUUAACUCGUACGUACUGUUCGCUGCCGUCAUUCACUCCGGGAGCGCACUAGACUCCGGACAUUACUACACUAUGGUGAAAGACCAGGGCAAUUGGUACAUAUGUAACGAUGACAUAGUUACAAAAGCUGAUGAAAAAGAGUUGAGUAAUCUAAAAGUGCCCGAUACACCAUAUAUACUGUUCUACCGGCGCAGUGAUGUGGAGGAGGGAACCUACCCUGCACUAUACAGCCUCUCGCAAAAGUUACAAGACCAACUGAUGGCGCAUAACAAAAAGUACGAGACCUUGCGAAAUAUCGCUCGCAAGUGUCCAUGACGGUUAAGGUCCUCGAAGAACAUAGACUUCUCAGUGUUUGAUGCUGAAUAGACUCAAUUGUCGACGUAGAACACAAGUGUCGUGAUACGACAACGAUAUGACGUUUCUGUGUACGUUCUCUGUGGCGCCCUCACAUAAACCGGCUGCAUACAUCUCUAUGAUCUCAUCCAACAGCGCUCAGCAAGUGUGUCAAUAACUUUACACUAGUCAUUGAACUAAUUGGUCUGUUACGAAUAAGUGAAGGGGUGAGCCCCUGACAAUUAUAUUUGUACCCGGAGAUAGUGUAGAUUUAAAAAAUAAUUUAUAAGUUUCCUAUUGCGUGAUGGACUGUGUUCUAUUGCAUCAGACCUUUAAUGGCGCGCUUAAUGUAAAGAUAUAUUAUUAUAUAAGCCACUAAUAUUAUUAAGAUGUAGUUUUAUUCUAAAUCGAUGUAUUCAAUAUAUUUAUCUACACCCAUGCUUUAAAUCCUCUAUUAAUAGUUAUUUAUGCAACUGUUGUGUAAUAAGGGGUAUUAAAACACGAAUGUGGGUGAUAAUCGUAUCAUAUGAGUGUUUUAAUACCUAAUUAUCAACAGUUGCAUACAAGACUUUAUCUACACCCAGAAUAUGAAUCCUCAAAAAGAUUCUGAAACAGGUAGCUUACUGCUAACAUUAAAACAGCCAGUCCUAGUAGUUACCUAAAAUCAUCCAUUACUGAUUAUAUACAAAUAAACUAAGCAUUAAUAAAAUAAUUAUUUAUUUUAGUAGUAAUUUACAUUUCGUAUAGCACAAUUAUUAAUAUUCACUUGAAUAUUAUUGGAGCGUUUAAAAUAUCCGGCAAAACUUGAGUCGCUCAUUUUUUCAAGAAAAAUGGCGGGGUUUCGAGUAACCUACUUUUUUUUACGGCGCGCAACGUUCUGGUAGUGUGGAACGUGCGUAAACGAAAAUGUUCUUUUUUUGAAAUUAAUACUGAUACUACGCAUCGAGCAAUAAGAAUGUGGCGGUUUGUUGAUACUCUUUGCGCAUGAAGGGAUCGAAAAAAAACCAAGGAGUGUUGUUAUGAAAUUCAGUACAACAUUACAACACUCGUUUGGAUGAUGUAAUGGUAAUUAUGACAUUGGGUUUUUUAAUGUUGGUAAUAAGCUAACUGUUUCAGAAUCUUUAAUGAAGGAUUUAAAGCAUGGAUGUAGAUAAAGAUUCUGAAACAGUUAGCUUAUUACCAACAUUAAAACACCCACUGUCGUAAUAACCAUUACAUCAUCCAAUUGAGUGUUGUAAUGUUGUACUGUAUUCCAUAACAACACUCCUUGGUUUUUUUUCGAUCCCUGCAUGCGCAAAGAGUUUCAACAAUUUGUAUGUAAUCAGUAAUGGAUGAUAUUAGGUUACUACUAGGACUGACUGUUUUAAUGUUAGCAGUAAGCUAACUGUUUCAGAAUCUUUUAGAGGAUUCAUAUUCUGGGUGUAGAUAAAGUCUUGUAUGCAACUGUUGAUAAUUAGGUAUUAAAACAUUCAUGUGAUACUAUUAUCACACUCGGCUUCGCCCGUGUGAUAAACCCACAUUCGUGUUUUAAUACCCCUUAUUUCACAAAAGUUGCAUAAAUAACUAUAAUUUUACGGCGUGAGGAUAGUUUAACAAUACGGAUUAAUAACAAGAACUUAAAAUGAACUGAAAAUACAAAUUUAUUUUUUAUUUUGAAGUAGUUUUUUUAUUUAAGAGCCGUCAAUUAACCAUAAGGGGUCCAAGAACGGGGCUUCUUGUGACAUAUCUUUCUAAAUAUUUAAAAUUAGUACCCACCUGUGCUGGGAACAUCUGAGAGGCUGGAAGUUCCGUUCCAGGUUCGACAGGCUUAUUGUCAAUUUUGCCGUAUUUGUUUUUUCAAUAUUUUCAAGGUGCAUGACUCGAGCAAGCAUAGAUUUAGCCUAAGAACUGUAAGGGAUAUCCAUUAAUACUUUUUUAUGCCGUUUUUAUCAAUUUUUCAAAGUACCUCUUCCGCUCUGGUAGCUUGAUAACGUGGCGAGGUUUUAGUUCAACCUCCCCUCUCCUCCCAAAAAAUCUUAUUAAUUUUAAAUAUUUACUUAAAGUAGAGUAUAUCUUUGUAGCAGGCAUCAAGUAGCAGAGACAACUGGCAUAAACAUAAUUAUGUAAAGAAGAAGGGAAUAGGAAAAAUGUGUAUUACAUAAAAGAGCUUGUACAUUUUAUUCAAAAUGUACGAAUCUACGAAUAUGAAACCUCGGAAGACACUCUCAAUCACGCACCCAACGAAAUUUGGUAUACAAAUAAAAUUUGAAUACAAAAUUUUAUGAACGAUGCGGGACUCCACCCCACAACCUCUGGCGUUCCAUGCCAGUGCUCUGCCAACUGAGCUAACCGUUCGAGUGACGUAUCGUCAUAAAAUCUGUUAUGCAUUUUUUUCAACUCCCAGGUUGUGGCUUCGUCUACAGGAUCUACUUUACAGUUGAUAACCUGCUCAACCCCAUCAUUUGCUUAUUAGGUAAUUGAGUUGAGAUGUCGCUCUCUAAAAUUUUGUUUUCAAAUUUUAUUUGUGUAUUAAUCCUAGAAGUUCAUUUUUAAAACAUAACAAAUUAUUGAAAUUUGGUAUUUCGUGAUAUUUCUUCUUAAUUCCCCUCUUCAAUACUCAUGUGUUAAUGGACAAUCCCAAAUUCGGAAAUUCCUGCGGCGACAAUGUCGUGUUGUGUGAGAAACUUGGAAUGGCUAGUUCAGUGUCGCUGAGGAUAUUGCUUUAGUUAUAAUAUUUUAAUAUUACAUAAAUAUAUUCCAACAUAUUUAAUUUGUAAAAAUUAAAGUUGUACUGGUCAUUUAAAUCAAAUAGUGUUAAGUUGGUAACACUCCUUCUCCUUUUCAUAUUAUCACCGCCCUGAUAAACGGAAAAUACUUCAAAUAUAUAUGAUUGUGUUGUCGUAAUUCUGAUAACUUAAACUAAAACACCUACCUAAAUGUUUGAUGGUUUAAUAAGGCUAAUUGUUAAAUGUUGUGUCAAUAAACUAAGAUUACUACUGUAAUAUAGCUGAUAUACAUGACCAUAUAUUCAAUGAAGUAUUAUGGGGUGGUGGAACUUAUAAGUUUCAGACGGCUGGUCACCGUUGGAACACGCAAAUCUGUUAAUUGCAUGCAUAACAGAUUGCUAUGUGGCAAUAUAGCUAGGAAUUUCUAAUAAGUAAAAUUAUUAUAUAAAACCAUAAUUUUACAAAAGUUUUAUUUAAAAAUUAUGUGUUUUUGUCUACCUUAAAUAAAUUACUUGCAUGAUG